CAGACAUUUUGUGCUGAAAAGGAAAAUUUUUGCUUCCUGCUGCAGACAGUCAGCGGCUAUGUCCUCUCUGUUAAUUAACCAACCUGAGUAUUCAUGGCUGAAAGAACUGGGCUUGAAGGAGGACAAUGAAGGAGUUUACAAUGGUACAUGGGGAGGAAAAGGAGAGGUUGUGACAUCUUACUGCCCUGGGAACAAUGCACCAAUAGCUAGAGUUAAACAGGCCACACUGGAUGAAUACAAUGAAACUGUUAAUAAAGCUAAAGAAGCAUGGAAGAUCUGGGCAGAUAUCCCAGCACCAAAGCGUGGGGAAAUUGUGAGACAAAUUGGGGAUGCGCUGAGGAAAAAGAUAAAACUACUUGGACACUUGGAAUCCUUAGAGAUGGGAAAGAUAUUAGUUGAAGGAGUUGGAGAAGUCCAGGAAUACGUAGAUAUCUGUGAUUAUGCUGUAGGGCUUUCUCGUAUAAUUGGAGGACCCAUACUGCCUUCAGAAAGACCUGGGCAUGCUCUUAUUGAACAGUGGAAUCCAGUGGGUUUGGUGGGUAUAAUUACCGCCUUCAAUUUUCCUGUUGCUGUAUACGGCUGGAACAACGCACUUGCACUUAUCUGUGGAAAUGUCUGUUUAUGGAAAGGAGCUCCAACCACAUCCCUUACUAGUGUUGCUGUGACAAAAAUCGUUGCACAAGUAUUUGAAGAUAACAAAUUGCCCGGUGCUAUCUGUUCCUUGACUUGUGGUGGUGCAGACAUUGGCAAUGCCAUAGCAAAGGAUGAAAGAGUAGAUCUGGUGUCAUUUACUGGCAGCACAAAUGUUGGCAAGCAGGUGGCACUUAAAGUUCAAGAAAGGUUUGGACGCAAGUUACUGGAACUGGGUGGAAACAAUGCCAUUAUAGUGUUCGAGGAUGCUGAUCUUAGCCUAGUAACUCCUUCUGUUCUGUUUGCUGCUGUGGGCACAGCAGGCCAGAGAUGCACUACUGCCAGAAGGCUGUUUUUACAUGAAAGCAUUCAUGAUGAAAUUGUGGAAAAGCUCUCUAAAGCUUAUGCACAGGUGCGAAUUGGAGAUCCUUGUGCGCCUGACACACUUUGCGGUCCUCUACACACUAAGCAGGCAGUGGAAAUGUAUCUCUCUGCUGUUGAACAAGCAAAAUGUGAAGGGGGUACAGUUGUGUGUGGUGGCAAGGUAAUAGAUCGCCCAGGGAAUUUUGUUGAGCCAACUAUUAUGACUGGACUGGCUCAUGACGCCGCUAUUGUUCACAAAGAGACUUUUGCUCCAAUACUGUACGUGAUUAAAUUUAAGACUGAAGAAGAAGCUUUUGCAUGGAAUAAUGAGGUGAAACAGGGCCUUUCAAGCAGCAUCUUUACUAAGGAUCUUGGAAGGAUUUUCCGCUGGCUUGGGCCAAAGGGUUCAGACUGUGGCUUGGUGAAUGUGAACAUUCCUACCAGUGGAGCUGAAAUUGGAGGAGCUUUUGGAGGUGAAAAACACACAGGAGGUGGGAGAGAAUCUGGCAGUGACUCCUGGAAACAUUAUAUGAGAAGGUCUACCUGUACCAUCAAUUACAGCAAGGACUUGCCACUGGCACAGGGUAUAAAAUUCCAGUGAACAACCUUAGGAUGACAUUCAAUGCAUGGCAAACAUCUCGGAAACCACUGAUGGAAGAAGCCAUUUACACAAAUUAUCUGCUCUUGUUACAGUCAUUCAUUUUUUAGAGGAAAAAUUGGUAAACACUUGUAAGCACUUAUCUGCACUUUCUUGACUGAUAUCCCAGCCAUGAGAAUGCAAAAGUCUCAUUUGCUAAAGAAGAAAGUAAACUUAUAUGAUAUUUGAGCCAGCUCCAUGAAUGAGAAUCCUGUCGUGUUUGCACCAUUUCUUUCUUUUGCUAAACCCGUGAUUAUAAAUGUUUAACUGCUCAGUAUCUAGGUAAGCCACCAUCUUAGAAAACAGCCUUUAGGUUUUUUCUGAAACUGUAUUUUGCAAAACUUUUAAUAAAAAAUAAUUAAACAGUG